UAGUAUCUCGAGAACAGUGAAGGUGUAAGCUUAUCAAAAUGAUGCGCUCCGGCAAACUUCUUUGGUCCCUUCCCACCUCCAGAUUUGCCAAUGCAGUGGCCCCAGCUGCAUCUAGGCUGCAGUCUACAGCAGCCCAGCCAGCAGCCUCAAAGGCCCACCAGAAGGAGCGCAACAUGGCCAAAAAGAUCGAGGUGAACAAGUCCUUCGUGAUGAACAUGUUCCGUGGGGCAGCCGUCACUGAGCAGGCCAUCCCCUACCCUUACACCCUGACAGAGGAGCAGAGGGAGACACUGGAGAUGCUGGUUGACCCCACAGAGAAGUUCUUUGAGGAAGUCAAUGAUGCUGCAAAGAAUGAUGCUUUAGAGAAGGUUGAAGAUCACACUUUGGAAGGACUGAAGGAGCUCGGAGCCUUUGGUCUGCAGGUACCAGCGGAUUUGGGUGGAGUUGGACUGACCAACACCCAGUAUGCACGUCUGGUGGAGAUUGUAGGAUCACAUGACCUUGGUGUUGGCAUCACUCUGGGCGCUCACCAGUCUAUUGGUUUCAAGGGCAUCCUUAUUGCUGGCAACCCAGAGCAGAAAGCCAAAUAUCUGCCUAAAUGUGCAUCAGGAGAGACCAUGGCUGCCUUUGCCCUGACUGAGCCUUCCAGCGGAUCAGAUGCAGGAUCUAUCAGGUCUCGCGCUGUGCCCUCUGAGGACGGUUCUCACUAUGUCCUUAAUGGAUCCAAGAUUUGGAUCAGCAAUGGAGGCCUGGCCGAGGUCUUCACUGUCUUUGCUCAGACUCCUGUGACCGAUCCUAAGAGUGGCGUCACCAAGGACAAGGUAACAGCCUUCAUCGUGGAGCGAGCAUUUGGAGGAGUGUCGCAUGGCCUCCCUGAGAAGAAGAUGGGCAUCAAAGCCUCAAACACCGCUGAGGUCUACUUUGAGGACACCAAGAUUCCUGUAGAGAAUGUGCUUGGGGGUGUUGGCAAUGGAUUUAAGGUUGCCAUGGAAAUCUUGAACAAUGGUCGCUUUGGCAUGGCUGGUGCUCUCUCUGGGACUAUGAGAUAUUCCAUCAAGAAGGCUCUUGACUUUGCCACAAGUCGUAUCCAGUUCGGCCAGAGGAUCGACAGCUUUGGGACCAUUCAGGAGAAACUGGCUCGCAUGGCGAUGCUACACUAUGUGACUGAAUCCAUGGCUUACAUGAUCUCCAGCAACAUGGACUCUGGCUCAAAGGACUAUCACCUUGAAGCAGCUAUCAGCAAGGUGUUUGCAUCAGAGGCAGCCUGGACAGUGACCGAUGAGGCUAUCCAGGUGAUGGGCGGCAUGGGAUUCAUGAAGGAGUCCGGCCUUGAGAGAGUUAUGAGGGACCUCCGCAUCUUCAGAAUCUUUGAGGGAACCAAUGACAUCCUGCGACUCUUUGUGGCACUGACUGGUCUCCAGUAUGCAGGUGGCCACCUGAAAGAGCUGCAGAAGGCCCUGAAGAACCCCUCAGCCAACAUGGGCCUCAUUCUGGGUGAGGGCACCAAGAGAGCAAAGCGUGCAAUUGGUUUCGGCAAUGGAGGCCAGAUCGAGGGUAUCCAUUCCAACCUCUCUGAUUCUGCCGCCCUUCUCAAUAGAGCUGUGGAAGCCUUUGGCUACACCUGUGAGGGCCUGCUUAUGAAGCAUGGAAAGGACAUUGUCCACCGCCAGUUCCUGCUGAACCGACUGGCCAACUCAGCCAUCGACAUGUAUGCUUCCAUUGUGGUCCUCUCGAGAGCAUCACGAUCCCUCACUGAGAACUAUCCAUCUGCUGCACAUGAGGAAAAGAUUGCACGUGUUUGGGUGAAUGAGGCAUCUGACAGAAUCCAGCUCAACCUCACAGCUGUCAAAUCCAACAUCUCCCAGAAGAACUUUGCUGACCUUGAAGCUAUUGCAAAGGAGUUGUGCGAACAUGGUGGCAUUGUUGCAGAGAGGCCCCUGGGCAUGUAAGGGAGGCAGGAGAUUAUUGAUGCUCAACAAACAAUUGCCUUCACAUGUUAAAAUACAAUUUUCCUAUGAAAGAAUAACGAGUAGCUGUAGAAGGUGGAUUAUGCGAUGGAGUACUAUCAUUUCUUUAUUAAUUUUUUUUAAAUGGAGAAAAUAGGAAUGGUAAAGAUAAAUGCUGAGAUACAAUAGUUGGAGAGAGAUAUGCUUUAAAGUUCGUUAGUCCAUAGAACAUGAUUAAAUCCGGUGCAGUUUCUGUGAUUAACUCACAGUAGACUAUUUAAGCAAUUAUUAUAUGAAAUAUCAUUAUCAUUAUUAUUUUAUUUUAUAUUAUUUUUAUUUUUUUAUUUAUUUAUUAUUAUUAUUUUUUUUUUUCCAUUUCAUGUUCUAUUUUUUGUAAUAAUACACAUCAGAAACAUAAAGCCAAGUAAAUUUUGUAGCUCUUGGCCAGAAUCUGACCAGUGUUUAUACCAAUGUUUAUAGUGAAUGUUGUAAAACUGAAUUUUGGUGGAGUACAAAAUAACUAUUGGUUGUAAAAAUGGAAUUCAAGUCAGAUAUAUGCCUGAAUUGAAGUGAUAUACAAGGAAUGUUAUCGUAGAAUAUUUUGUUACUAAUUGCCUUCCUGAGAUUAAUCUCAUGUUAUUGUUGGGUUCUGGUUAUCAGAGCUUCAUUUUUAUGGUGUUUGGGAGAGAAAAUCUGCCUAAAUUGAAGGGGGAAAAAUGGUAAUUUCAUAAUAAAAAAGACAAAAAAAUAAAUUGUGGCUCAGAAAAAACAAAGAAACCGAAUUUCUCUCAACUAAUUUUUUCUCUAGAAUAUAUACAUUCUGAUCAUUGAUAUUACUUCAUUUCAUCCUUAAAAUUGAGACUUGCAAUAGAAUUUUCUUUAUUAAUGAUUUUAUUGUUUAAAAAAUGAGAGAGGCAAAAA